GAAGCCGCAGCACCCCAACGGCAGCCACUCGCUUGGUAACGAGCAGUCGUGAAGAAUAGUCUAGAACAACGUAAGGCGAAAAACCAUGCCGCGUGUUUAUAUUGGACGACUGAGCUAUCAUGUCCGCGAAAAAGACAUUCAGCGAUUUUUCAGCGGAUAUGGGAAGCUCAUGGAAAUCGAUCUGAAAAACGGCUAUGGCUUCGUGGAGUUCGAGGAUAACCGGGACGCCGACGAUGCAGUGUACGAGCUGAACGGGAAGGAGCUGUGCGGGGAGCGGGUGAUCGUCGAACAUGCCCGGGGGCCGCGGCGAGACCGAGAUGGCUACGGUGGGGGUUACUGGGGUGGUGGGCGCAGUAGCGGUUACAGCAGCCGGAGCCGCUCUGGCAGGGAUAAGUAUGGACCUCCUGUCCGUACUGAGUACCGUCUCAUUGUGGAGAAUUUGUCCAGCCGCUGCAGUUGGCAGGACCUUAAGGACUUCAUGCGUCAGGCAGGAGAGGUGACCUACGCAGAUGCCCACAAGGAACGCACCAAUGAGGGUGUGAUUGAGUUUCGGUCCCACUCGGACAUGAAGAGAGCCAUCGACAAGCUGGAUGGUACAGACAUUAAUGGACGGAAGAUUCGUCUGGUGGAGGACCGACCUCGCAAACGAAGGUCAUACUCUGGCAGCCGCUCCAGAUCUCGUAGUCGCCGCCGCUCCCGCAGCAGGAGCCGCAGGAGCCACAGAAGCAGUAGCUCCAGGAGUCGCUCCAGGUCCCACUCUAGGUCUCGUUCCCGUAGCAACAAGAGACGCCACCAUUCCCGCUCCAGAUCUGGAAGGAAGUCUCGCUCCAAGUCAGGAGAAAGCAAAUCACGAUCCCGCAACCGCAGGUCCCGUUCUGGAUCCCACAAAUCUAAGUCUCGUUCACGCUCCCGCAAAUCACGGUCCCAUUCAGCAGACCGGAAAUCGAAAUCCCGCUCAAAGAGUCGUUCAAAGGUAAAGUCGGAGCGUGAUUCUCGCAGUCGAUCCAAGGAGAUGUCUGGUGAGAAGAAGUCCCGCAGUCGUUCAGCUUCCCCAAUGGAGAACGGGAAGGAAGAGCAUGUCGCCAAAUUUCCCUCACGCUCCCCAUCCCCACACGAGGAUGAUCUCAGAUCCAAGUCGAGGGAGAAGCAUUCAGCCUCCCGCUCAAGGUCUCGCUCACGGUCUAGAUCAGCUUCUCAGGAUUAGUGGAAAAGGGAGGUGUUUGUCUCAUCGUUAAGUUUGAUCCCUAUGCUGUACAUAACGAGCAGUGUCGUCAUACUGGCUUAUGUUUCCUGGCAUGUCUACUUUUCUCCCUCAAGUUAGCACCUAAACUCAAUCACCUUUUUAGAUGCAGUUUUAUCAGAGGAUGCCCCAAUAUGACAGAGCUACGUUUGGGUUGUCACCAUUUUGGUUUUCAGAAAUUUAAGUGCCAGUCUUUAAACUGAAGAGCUGCAGUCUGAGAUGGUUCAAAUCAGUGUCCCAAAAAAUUCAACUUGAUUGGUUAACUUAAGGUUUGUCACACCAGCCUGUUUUAAUCCAAGUGUUUAUAGCUCACCUGAAAUUAAGUUGCUAGUAUCAUAAUUGCGUAUCUUCUUUUGCAACCGUUCUCCAAAACCAUUCUCUAUAAUUGUAGGUGUCUCAGUUUUGUUAAUGCUCAUUCAAACUGCAUGGUUAUGGGAGAAAAGUAGAAUUUGGCCACAAUGUUGGAGCAUGGUUUCCCUGUUUUCAGUCUCGAUAAUUGCUUUUUCAAGGAAUCAUCUUGCGGCACUCUAAAAUGCACACUCGGGAUGCAAGAACUUUCACUGCAGAACUGCAUCUACAAGUUAAUGGGUUUGUAUUUCAUGUUUGAACAACUUGCAUUGUAGGUGGACUAUUAUCCCUUUUAACCUCGUGUACAUAGACCGUGUAAUCAGCAUUGGAAACUGAUUGCUUCCUUUUUGUGGCUACCAAUGUUUGGAUUUUUUUGUAACCGUGAGCAGGUAAUCUUUGGAAGACCCUUUUACUUUUCGGAUUUCUGUUAACCUAGAGCCUCAAGGCCUCAAAUGCAAGUCCCGUGUUUCUUGCAUUUCCUGCUUUGUUCUGAAUGCAGCCUUGAUAAAGAACCCAUCACUUUGUAUUUCGUCUUUUUUUUUUUUCUGCGAGUUUAAUCCAGGGGUUAAGGGUUUUGUUGAGCUUCUGCUUAUUUAAAGUGUAGUUUGUACUGGAGUUUUUGUACUUGUAAGGUACAACAUUUAAAUCUCUGGAGGGUCUGUCACCAUCAGACUAACUGAAUGCACCCCUUUCUCUCCAUCUUGUGGAAAUAAUUCAUAUUUUUUCUCCAUGCGAUUGAGAUCUAACAGGAAAAUGUCCUUUUUUAUUGUAUGUUCAAUUAAACAUCUUAAUGAAAAAU